CAACAUGGAGCCUCACAGUAACUCACUGGAACACCUUGUCAUUGAGUUCUUUACUCAAAUAUUCUCGUUGACGCAGCCUCCUACGAUUGAAUCGUACAAAGGAAAGAACCAUAUUCUUGACCUACUAAGAGAGUGGUUGGUUUCGUCGCUUCCUACGACCGAACUAUGCAAAAAAACAGAAGGUAUCGUUGACCGACAAGGAAACAACCAUAUUCUUGACCUACUAAGAAAGUGGUUGGUUUCGUGGCUUCCUAGGACCGAACUAUGCAAAAAAACAGAAGGUAUCGUUGAGCGACAAGGAUGGAAGCCAAUGCCUUCAGUCAAGAGCCUUGAAGAGGCUGGAAUCAAAUUCGAGAAAGGCAAAUCGGAGUGCAUUUUGGACAUUAAGUUCAAAAAUGGUAUCUUAGAAGUACCAUCAAUACUAAUUCAAGAGAUAACAGAGGAUGUCUUCCGAAACCUCAUCAGCUUCGAGCAAUGUUACUCGAAAUGCCCUGCCAUAGUCACUUCGUACGCCGUACUUCUUGACAGUCUAAUCAAUACAGAAACGGAUAUGAACUUACUCUGCGAGAAAGGCAUCAUCGAUAACUGGUUGAAUCCGGAGGAUGCCACGCAAUUCUUUAACAAGCUUUACCAUGAUACCUAUGUGAAGAAAUACUACUAUCUUGAAUUAUGUAAGGAAGUGAAUGAUUACUGUCGUUAUCCGUGGCCUAGAUGGCGUGCAGCAUAUCUGCGUAAUUAUUUUGGCACUCCAUGGGCAAUCGCUUCACAGGUUGUUGCAGCUAUUGUGUUGAUCCUCACCAUUUUACAGACCGUGUUUUCUGUUCUCAAAUAGGAUUUGAUAAUAUAUAUAUAUAUAUA